UGGGUCUGGGAGGAAAAAUAUUCAUUACGUAACAAAAUAUCUGUAUCUGGCUCCACUUCCUGAACAGCACAGUGGCUAGGCCUGCGACAGCCGACCAGCCCGGAAGCCUCACUUUCUCUCUAUUUAUAUGUUUGGGCUCUCUUUCGUUUAUCCCUUGCAACACAUUCCCACCACCCCUCAUGUCCUCAUCUCCUCUUUGUGGGUCAGUGAUGCAGCAGGAGUGACGCAGCAGUGUCAGCGCCUCAUCGGCCUCCAGACGGGCAGCGUCUCAGGAGUGGACUGGAGGGAGAAUUUGUGUGCCCAGGCUGGGCACAGACACACACACACAGGCAGCCAGCCACCAGUAAACAGAGGAGAAGGCGGAAGGGAUGAAUCUCCAAGCAAUUAUUCAAGAGUGAAAGAAGAAUUCAUCCCAGAGAAUGGCAACAAUGAAUCAACAGAUGACCGUGACGUCUCCCUGCACCCAGGGCUUGAUGGACAGCUCCCACCCCCAGGCGCUCCUCAGCAGGCUGAAUGAGCAGCGCUCCCAGGGCCUCUUCUGUGAUGUCACCAUCGUGGUGGAGGAUGUAAAGUUCCGGGCCCACCGGAACAUCCUGGCUGCCUGCAGUGGAUACUUCCGCAGCGCCUUCACCUCCACUGAGGUGUGGACUUCCAGCCAGGUGCUGGAGCUCAUGGACCUCAGGUCUGAGGUGUUCGCCAGCAUCCUCAACCUCCUCUACUGUUCUAAGGUUACAUCAUCACCUAGCACAGAGGACACUAGAUGCCUGAUGGCAGCUGGAAAAAGACUGGGGAUUCCCUUCUUAGAGAAACUAGUGGAACAAGACAGGCAGGACUCAGGUGGGCCACAGAUCCAGACCUCAACCAACCCUGUUAAGACCACAGGCCGUAGUAAGGCCCAAGGGCCUCGUAAAGCAAAGAAAGAGACCUCCAGGCCAGAGGAACCAGACAGUGCUAGAGGCCCGAGGAUCACCAAUGCUUUCUCUAUCACUGAGGUGGGUCACGGGAACAACCUCUUCACCCCACUAGACCUGCACAGGGGGGAGAGGCCAUCACCUGAUCUUGGACAGACCCCAGCGGGCUGCCCUACCCCCUUCCCCCUCGCAGUGGACAAUGAGCCCAUGCAGGCGCUGUCAGAGCACUCCUACGCAGUCAUUAGCCAGGGACCCAGGGACCCUGAGCACAGGGAUGGCAACCAGGAAGACAACAAGAAGGGCACCAAGCCCACACAGUCCCAACCAAGACAACUGGCCAGCAGAAACAGUGGCCCACUCAAAAAGCGUCACAGACUGCGAGCCGCCUUGAGUAAAAGCACACCUCAAACACCGGCUGUAGCACAUGAACCUGUGCAUCCAACUGGAAGCAGCCCGACAUUAAUUAAGCCCAUUGUACAACAUGUGGGAACGUCACCCCCAUCAUUAUACCCGCAGACAAGCAGGACCAAUGAGCUGCCUCUAGCCAUUGAUAAUGACUACAGGGAGCUGGACCCACCUCCACUUUCAGCCUACACAGAUGAUAGCAUAUCAAUCUACAGCUGUGAGCACUGUCCAGAGAUAUUCACCAAUAAAGCACUUCUCACCGUACACACAGAAAUGCACAAAAAAAGGUUUGUCAGUCAUUUGUUUUGCAAGUUUUGUCGCAGGAAGUUCAUGCAUUUGAAGCGUUUGCGGAACCACGAGACGGUGUGCACGAAAUCACAGAGGAGCUCGCCUGAACACGAGCCCCAAGGCAAAGAGGCCGGGGCAGACCAUUAUUCAGACAGCAUGCCAAGCACGACCAAUACAGUAACUAAUGUCCAGUUAUCUCCUACUGAACUUCCUGACCCUUUCCCUCCAACCAGCCUCCAAAUGAACCCCAAGUCAAAAACACUGCAGGCUGUAGAUAAGUUAGUGAAACCUAGUGGAGGUCAGAGGGUCUACAACUGCAGUGUGUGUAAACGGGCCUAUGUGACCAUCUCCAGUCUGAAGCGCCACGAGAAUGUUCACUCCUGGCAGAGGGCAUACCCCUGUCACUACUGCAAUAAAGUGUUUGCCCUAGCCGAGUAUCGCACCAAACAUGAGAUCUGGCACACAGGAGAGCGCCGCUACCAGUGCAUCUUCUGCUUAGAGACCUUCAUGACCUACUACAUCCUAAAGAACCACCAGAAGGCCUUCCAUGGAAUCGAUCCCAGAUUGUCUGUGAGUAAGAAGUCAGCAAAUGGAGGAUUUAAGGGCAGUGUUUACCCCAUCAAACUUUACAGGCUUCUGCCUAUGAAAUUUAGAAAGAGACGGUACAAGACUUACAGUCAGACCUAUUCAGAGGAGCUGGAGGGCAGUGAGCAGGCCCCACUGGGCUGCAGCUCUCCCAUCCCUUCAUUUGAUCAUGGUGGUGCUAUGAGUAACCAAGAUGCUGCUAUAUUCUCAAUGCCUGUGACAUUCAUGGCCACUCCAAAAGUGGUGGCAUCAGUAAUGCCACGCAUCAGUUUUGAUCAGCCCUGUGACCAAGAUGUAGACCAAGAUGCAGGCACAGGAAAACAGGCCUCUCACUCUGAGCAUAAUGGGCCUCCAUAUAGCUAUUCAACCCCCUUGGCCAUAAUGCAGGCAGGUGGGGAGUCCCCUGCAAUGGACUAUGGAGAUGGUGCCGCAUUCCAAAGGUUUAAGAACCAGGAGGGCAACAGUCACAAUCUACCAAUCCUAAAAAUUAAACCACCCAGCUCUCUGAACAGGCUAUGUGAGCUCUCAGCUGCAGCUCAGAGAAUUGAAGCCAUGACCAGUCAGCUUUUUCUGCCAGGGGCUGAGAGCCUGGUCACUAGCGAGACUGCAGGGGGGGGAACUGAAACAUACAUUGCCAAGCCUGCAUGUCCAGGUCCCUCCGUGGAUGGUCACGUUCUACCCCUCUGCCAGAUCACAGUGAAAAUUGGCAACGAGGCAAUCAUUCGCCGAAGGAUCAAGGGCUCCAAGCUGUUCCCCAGGAAGAGGAAAAGAAGCAGCGGGAACCAGGUAGAGGAGAGGUGUUGGGACCAGGGCCGGCCUACAGAGGGCAGCAUGGAGAUCUCCAGCCUCCGCUUCAGGACAGAGGUCACUUCUGUCAUAGAGCCAGAGCCAUGUGAAGACCUCACUGACCGUGACACAGCUGACAGGCUCUGGCGUCCCUAUUACUCUUACAAACCCAAGAAGAAGAGUAAGAAACUGAGAUCCAAACACAGAAAAGAGAGACGUCGUCUAUGCUAUUCCAUGACAUCCUCAUUAGUGCCCAGGGCCAGCAAAGACUACCUGGAUAAAGGAUGCAGAAGUGCUGAAGAGAGCAUCUCCAGCGAGGGUACAGAGCUGAAACAACGUCUCAGAAACACCAGCCCAAAGACGGCAUACACCUGUGACAUCUGUGCAAGCACCUUCAUAACGGCAUCUGGUCUGAGAGCGCAUGUCAUUGGCUGUCACCCAACUUUCUGUCGGACCUGUGCAAAGCAGUGUCCCCCCGGCGAAGCCCCCAGUGCCAGCUUUGAGACCGCUGAGGACAGCAGGGAUUACGUAUGCAAGAGCUGUAUGGAAAAUGGCUCCUGCUUUGACAAUUGUGCCCGCAGCCCCAGCACAGAGAAGCGGUAUCGUUGCUCCUUCUGCCCCCAGCGCUUCCUCUACCUCGCAACCAAGAAGAGCCAUGAAAAAAAACACCAAGAGACAGCAGGAAAGGGGUACAGCAGCGACAACUACUCCACAGUCCCAAAACGCCAAGCAAUUUUGGAUUUAGGCUUAAAUCUGAAAAAGCAUGUCAUUAAAACAGAGGACGGGGAGGAUCAAUAUAGCGUCGACAAGGAGGGCAAAGUGCCAGCGGGAUCACUAGGCAGGUUCUCAACAGAGAAGAUAGAGCCUAAGCAUGAGGAAUGGGAGGACACAGGUGACUACAUGUCAGUGGCGCCCGAGAAAGAUAUUCCAUUUAGAAUUAGUGAUGGACACUAUCAGGAAACUCCAAUGUCACCCCCCUGCACCGACACCUUUUCUCCUUCCCCUUCAGAGAUGCAGUAUAGAAAGCCUUCCCCUUCCAAGAUGCAGUAUAGAAAGCCUUCCCCUUCAGAGAUGCGGUACAGAAAGCCUUCCCCUUCAGAGAAGCAGUACAGAAAGCCUUCCACUUCAGAGAUGCAGUAUAGAAAGCCUUCCACUUCAGAGAUGCAGUAUAGAAAGCCUUCCACUUCAGAGAUGCAGUAUAGAAAGCCUAAAAAGCGCAUUGAACACAAACAGCAACAUCAGACAAGCCUGACGUCCAAAAGGCAGAAUCAAGUAGACUAUAUCGGUAGAGAGACACCCAGCCAUAAGGCCCCUAUGACUACACCGGGAGCAGACAGUCAUUUUAGCUAUGGGCAGUCUUCUACAUAUCUGAAAAGAGACUCUGUCACUAGGGCAACCACUCCCUCCUCGCCCAAGUCAGAGAAGAGUACAUACAGUGCAAAGAAGAGACCUCUUUACAGACAUAAUACUUAUCAUUCAGGAGGGAAAUACUUUUAAGUGAUUAUAUGCCUAUGUAGUUAAACACAAUAUCAAAUCAUGUUUUCAAAGUACUUGAGGUGAACUUGAUUUAGUUUGGGUCAAUUCCUUUGUGUCCAUUAUUUUGGGCAAAC